CAACUUCCCUCUCCUGUGUUAUUGACAAGAAAAUCGUAUAGCUAAGUAAAGAGGAUUAUAAAGGUCAAUAAGGUUUCCCCGUAUUCACUGUGUUUAUAGUUGGCAGACCAGUUCAUGCCGUGCACUGUUACAUUCUUCACUAUUACUUCUGGAGGGAGGCAGUUACAGAAUGUGGGUUCAGUUUUAGCUUUUCCUCUACACUAAUAUCUGUGGGGAGGAAUAAUUAUGGCUAAAGUACAGUGUAGUGAGAAGUACAGGUUUCUAUUAAAUAUUGCUCAAGCAGUGAGUAAGUCAUUAAAUUUGACUCCUGAUGAAUAUAUAAUGAUUGCUUAAUACCAGGCUGCCAGGAAAAACACACACACACCCACUCGUAGAGGUAGGUGUGUAUGUAGAUAUAUCUUGCUAGAUAUAGUUGGAGCUAUAUUUUAAGAGAGGAAGGGGUUUGUGUGUGUGUGUGGAGAGGGAGAAAGAUACGGUUUAUAUCAUCAUGUAUUUGAGUUCACCCAGAAAGAAGAAAUUUCUUGCUUACAGAAUAUAGAAGACUCACUGAAGAGAUUAGGAAGAUAUUUCUGUCUUUCGGAAAGUAAAAUCUCUCUAUUCUGUGGCCCAUCUGUUCUAGGAAACUUAAAAGAUAAUCAGGCAAUUCCCCUGCCCAUUCUCUUUCCCACUCCUUGCCAAAAUGGACAUAUGUACUUGAUGGCGUUGAGUAUCAGAUCCUUCUGAGUGUGUGAUUCCUGUUGAAUUGGAGUCAGCAACCCCAUGAGAACACUAAAUGGCUGCUUUGUCUUACUGGCAUUUUAUUGAUAAAAUGCAUGGAGUUGAAUUUAAUCAACUCUGUGUAAUUGGUAUUGUUCCUGUGCAGACAUGCUUGCACAUGACUUUGUAGAAAAACAAAAAACACCCGAUUCUGCAAUUUUUAUUUGUUUAGGACAAAAUUUCAGGAAACAACUUGGCCAGGGGCAAAACGCAACAGUUGAAUCAGGAACCAAAAGUUGGAAGGGUUAAGUAGGUGAAAUUUGUCUUGAGGGCGUGCCCCUUAACACACACACAUUCACAGGAGUCCUAGUUGUAAAGGUAGAGAAGUUUUAUAGACCUUUAAGACCUGAAGCAUUUAGUCCUGUUCUGGAGAUUAGGGAGGAUUCUGGAAAGGGAUCUGUGGCUGAGAUCAUAGAGAAGAGCAGAGCAAAGCAAAGAGACAUCUGGUAGAGCGGUAGUACAGGGAUGUGUAUGGACAUGCUGGGGGAAAGAGGAGGGAAAUGUCUUCUUUUUCAUGUCUGUUUCACUGAAAGCAGUUCUCCUGAGGACCCGGAGGGUGGUAAGAGGACUUGGCUCUGGGUACUAGGUGCCUGGCCCUGUUUCAGCUGUUUCCCAAACCUCAGGGCUGGACCUGGGGGAAGAGAGUUUCUCUCUCUGCAUACGUAUAUGCCUCAGGCUGCAGUUAUAGGCAGCAUGGCUAGGGAGGGGCCUUAUUUGGAAUAGUCAGUCAGAGGCUAUACCCUCGGUUCUUGCCAAAAUGGUCACCAGUCUGGAAAGAUAGCUUGAUCUCCACGCCUACCUGGACUUGGAGGGGCCAAGAUAAAGAAUCUUUGGCUCCCCCAUUUUUAGCCAUUUGCCUAAAAUGGCAUCAUAUUGAGCAAAUAAGGUGUGAGUAGACCCUUGGAACUCACCCUGGAUAAUAAACUCUUAGGAGCCCACACUGUGCUAUGUGAGAAGUCCUCUGUUGCUACAGGCUUAUUACCUGCAUUUUUUGGUCCUAAAUAGAGGACUUGGCAUUUGUCUUAACCGGAGUCUACAUUUAUAAAAAUAGCUUUGUUUGUCACCUCCCUUCCAUUUCUUUCUCAGAUCUGGCUCUUCUCAUUUUCCCUGGUCUUUCUCAAUCAAGACAACUGGCAUUGACUGUUAACUGUUUCUGCUUUUAUAACUUGUUCCUGCCAUCACCUUCCCAUUGAAGCUUUGUGAAUUUUGCUUUAAGUUGAAGCGAUUGCAACAUGAAAUCCCCCAUUUUUGCUUAGUGUUCUACAGACCAUGUAACUUUAAUGCCUAUUCAACACUUCAAACAGGGAACAGUAAUAGUUAUAAUAUUGCUGUUAGUGCAUUUUGACAUUGAGUAACAGAUGACGUGUCUAAUGAAUAGUGUGGCUGCUUAGAUUGCAUAAUUAUAGGCUUGUUUGACUUUAGGAAAAUUGUGCGCAGGCCAACAGCAUCCAUUCAGACCCCUUUUGUACUAUAAAAAUAUCAGAGUGCCUCAGUGUAAAGCCCUCCUUCAGCGACUAUCAUUCUUGAUUUUUCUAAGGUUUGCCAACUGAACAGGAAAAAGGAAAAUCAAAGAGAAACCAUCUUUUAAAAAUGGGUUUAAUUCUAUGGCUCUCUCUGGUCUAAAUAACAGUUUAAAAGUUCUUUGUUUGGGAUGCUGCCGACCAGGUUCUCGGGGUGUAGACAUUGGAUUUGUAGGAAGACAGCCCCUAUGCUGGCCUAGUUACAAAAGGUUAUCACUUUAUAAUAAAUCGGUGGUUCCCGCUGCCUUCUGGACUUGAUCUGCCGGGGCGGGGGGCAUAUACUUCAGCUAGUAAUUGUACUAACGUCUUGGAACAGUUUCUUCAUUAGCGUGCCAGAUGGGUUCUCCGGGGUUCGUGGACUCACCGAGCUCUCUCCAUGAGACUUCCCUAUGUAUUUAUUGGCUUAUAAAUGUUCGAGUACAUCACUUAUAUUCCUGUUGCCUAGCAGCCGCCUUCUGGUUCAUCGGUCUCUGGUCUCCAGCCUUUUGUCUCGGCCGGACACUGCCAUUAGCUGGAACUUAGCAGACUGGGCGUCCCCUCCAGCUGAAGUGAGUAGUGAAUACAGUAUGGACAAGGCAAUGGUUGAAUUGGCCAUGAUGGAUCGGGAACUAAGCCAUUACAUAAAGGCUGUUCAAUCUGCGAUAAAUCAUGUAAAAGAAGAACGUCCUGAGAAAAUACCAGAUCUAAAAUUAUUAGUGGAGAAGAAAUUUUUGGCCUUACAGAAUAAGAAUUGUGACACAGACUUUCAAAAUAAUGCAAAAUUUGUACAGUUUAAACAACAGCUGAAAGAACUAAAGAAGCAAUAUGGUCUUCAAGCUGACAGAGAGGCUGAUGGCACAGAAGGAGUUGAUGAAGAUAUGAUUGUGACCCAAAGUCAGACCAACUUCAUCUGCCCCAUUACGCAGAUGGAAAUGAAGAAACCAGUGAAAAAUAAAGUGUGUGGCCACACCUAUGAAGAGGAAGCCAUUGUUCGCAUGAUUGAGUCCAAGCACAGGAGGAAGAAAAAGGCCUGUUGCCCCAAAAUCGGCUGUAGCCAUCGAGACGUGAGGAUGUCCGACCUCCUCCAGGACGAAGCUCUCCGGAGGGCCAUCGAGAGCCACAACAAGAAGAAGAAUCGUCACUCCGAGUAGGAAGAGCACACCUCCCUGCAGGGACGCCCGCAGCCUACCUCCUGCCCCAGCCACCGGGAGAGAGCACUGCUUUCAGAGCACUGGGACCCGCUGCAGAGUACAUGCUCCGUUGGGGUAAAACCCGCAGGUUUUAAGUGUAAUCAGAAGCAUUUUUCUAUGUCAUGACAAAAAUUCAAGCAUAUGAUAUUGUUUAUUUUUGAGUGUCCUCUGAUUUUAAAUAAAACUUUGAUUACCUGCAGCUCGCCCUGUCCGUGCAACGGGGUGCUGGCACGGCGGGGCCCCGCCCUUCUCUUCCUAAUAUUUCAGACCGUUUUUUGUAUUACAGUUAUAACUAAACAAUGUCUCUCAAAGGAUACUUGACAUGCAAACGCAUAGAAACAUCCCAGGUGCAAGCAUUUCUGUCAGCAUCAUAAAUAAUAGCAUGAGGUUAUAAAGCAAAUUUACUUUGUCUAUUGACAGUUCCAAAUAUGUAAAUGCUUUUAUUUGUCAUUCUGACCGGCACCGAACGCUCCGGUAACAGGCUUAUCAGUGCCGUGAUAGUUGAUGCCCAUAAUGGAAACUUCGCCACAGCGUCCGAGAGUCUAAAGUGUCAUCCGAAGCAACCACAUCCUGACGUGUCUCUGCCUUGCUCGGUGGUGCUCACACCCCUGGGCCUUGGGGUCCUCAACCAUGAAAUAGAGACAUUGAACGAGAUGUUCUCUAAUGUCCCUUUAGCCCUGGAAGUCUGUGGACUAAGGACCAGCCACGUCUUUAAAUGGAAUACCUUUGGUUAUAUUCUAAUUGUGUGAAGAGGGCUCAUCUAUUAAUAAUCUCCGUAGCAACCUUUUAUCAACUAGAUACACAAGGAAACUAGAGGAGUUACCAGUUGCUAACAUUUAUUGGGCACUUACUGUGUGCCAGGUGCUAUGCCGAGUUACCAUAUCUGUGUUAACUCCCGUAAUCUUCAUUGCCUGAGGAGAGAGGUACACUUAUUAUUCCUACUUUACAGUUAAGUCCAACGAGGCACAGAGAGAUGAAAGAGCCCGUGGAGGGUCACAGAGCUCAUAUGUGGCUGAGCUGGGACAGGAAGCUUAGUCCCAGAGCCUGAAUUCUUAAUCCUAUACUCUCCUUCUCCCUGUUGAUUUAUUUAGAGCUAAAAAUAUAUUCCACAAAUAUGGACUUCCACAAAGUCCACAUUGAAAAAAAUGAAACUUCUGUUACUAAACACACACACACACGUGUGUAUGCAAAGAAGUUCAAUAACUGGAGUUGACAUCUACUAGGCAGUGAAGGCCAUGAAAUAAUGCACAGUUGAGUUUAGAAGCAUAGUCUAACAUGGCCGAGUUAAUUUCGAAAAUAUUUUCAUGGAAUUCAGAAAAGAGGAUGACAUUCACUUGUCUACAAACCAAGUCAAUUUGAAUUUCUUAAGAUGGCUUCAUCUGAAUCAGACUUCCUAAGGAAAUGAUUCUGUUUUACGCCAGAACAAACAGACUUUUCAUGGAAUGUGGUUCUUUUGUGAAAUACUUUGUUUCCUAAACAGAUAGUGACAAGUAUGUAAUACUUGUUUUCCCCAACUCUUUCUAAAGAGAAUUCCAGAAUAUUGGUGUGGACACCAGUAUCAGUUAGAAAAAUGCCAAAUGACACCAUUUUACUGUGGAAAAGGUAUACCUUUUGUAUCUUGUGAAGUUUUUUCCCUUCUUUUUCAGUCUGCAGAAGCUGUUUCAUGAAUUUGUCUAGCCAAUUAAAGGAUCUGAAGUUUGAUAUAGAA